AUGCAGAAAGGGAUGAGACUCAAUGAUGGCCAUAUCACUUAUCUAGCUCUUUUAGCGAAGAAGGAUGGGACCAGGCGAGGUUGCCUGAGUAAGAAAAGCUCAGACAACACAAAAUGGCAUUCAAAGUGGUUCGCUUUGUUGCAGAAUAUGCUGUUUUAUUUCGAAAACGACUCCAGCUCACGCCCCUCCGGACUGUACCUGUUGGAGGGCUGUGUUUGUGACAGGGCACCGUCACCAAAGCCAUCUCUCUCAGCGAAGGAAUGCUUAGAGAAGCAGUAUUACUUCACUGUCACUUUCAAUCAUGACAACCAGAAGGCUUUGGAGCUGCGCACAGAGGACGUCAAGGACUGUGAUGAGUGGGUGGCUGCCAUCACACAGGCCAGUUAUAGGAACCUGGCUACAGAGCAUGAGACCCUCAUGCAGAAGUAUCUCCAUCUACUCCAAAUAGUGGAGACUGAGAAAACGGUUGCCAAGCAACUUCGACAACAGAUAGAGGAUGGGGAAAUCGAGAUAGAGCGGCUAAAAUCAGAGAUUGCUGGACUGCUCAAGGACAACGAGAAGAUCCAGUCCAAUCCAGAGGUACCUCCCAGUGAUGAUGACACAGAGAUCAAGAAGAUCAAAAAGGUUCAGAGUUUCCUGCGAGGUUGGAUUUGCCGCAGGAAGUGGAAAACCAUCAUCCAGGACUACAUUCGUUCACCUCACGCCGAAAGCAUGAGGAAGAGGAACCAGGUGGUGUUCAGUAUGCUGGAGGCUGAGGCAGAAUACGUCCAGCAACUCCACAUCCUGGUAAACAACUUCCUGCGGCCGCUUCGCAUGGCUGCUAGCUCCAAGAAGCCGCCCAUCACCCAUGAUGAUGUCAGCAGCAUCUUCCUUAACAGUGAGACCAUCAUGUUCCUCCAUCAGAUCUUCUACCAGGGCCUGAAAGCCAGAAUAGCCAGCUGGCCAACACUGGUGCUGGCUGACCUGUUUGACAUCUUGCUGCCCAUGCUGAACAUCUACCAGGAAUUUGUGAGGAACCACCAGUACAGCCUGCAGAUCCUGGCCCACUGCAAACAGAACAGAGACUUCGACAAGCUGCUGAAGCAGUAUGAGGCAAAGCCCGACUGUGAAGAGAGGACACUGGAGACCUUCCUCACUUACCCCAUGUUUCAAAUUCCACGUUACAUAUUGACCCUUCAUGAGUUACUGGCUCACACUCCCCAUGAGCACGUGGAGAGAAACAGUUUGGAUUAUGCCAAGUCAAAACUCGAGGAACUUUCUAGAAUCAUGCAUGAUGAGGUGAGUGAGACAGAGAACAUCAGGAAGAACCUGGCUAUUGAGCGGAUGAUAGUUGAGGGUUGUGAAGUGCUGCUGGACACCAGCCAGACAUUUGUAAGACAAGGUUCUCUGAUCCAGGUGCCAAUGAGUGAGAAAGGGAAGAUCACAAGAGGCCGAUUGGGCUCUCUGUCUCUGAAGAAGGAAGGCGAGAGACAAUGUUUCCUCUUCUCCAAACAUCUCAUAAUCUGCACCCGAGGCUCUGGGGGAAAACUACACAUCACUAAGGUACAGCCAAACCCCUCACAGAACGGAGUGGUCUCUCUCAUAGACUGCACACUGAUGGAGGAGCCAGAGGGAACAGAUGAUGAGUCCAAAGGGGAGCGGAGUGGCCAGGACACAGAGCACCUGGACUUCAAAGUAAUGGUGGAGCCUAAAGAUGUCCAGCCUUACACCGUCAUCCUGGUGGCUUCUUCCCGACAGGAAAAGUCUGCGUGGACAAGCGACAUCAGCCAGUGCAUUGAUAACAUCCGCUGCAAUGGUCUGAUGAUGAACGCCUUCGAGGAAAACAGUAAAGUCACCGUGCCACAGAUGAUUAAGUCAGACACCAGCUUGUACUGUGAUGAUGUUGACAUCCGCUUCAGUAAGAUGAUGAACUCCUGCAAGGUGCUGCAGAUCCGCUAUGCCAGCGUGGAACGCCUACUGGAGAGGCUGACCGAUUUGCGUUUCCUCUCCAUCGAUUUCCUGAACACUUUCCUCCACUCCUACCGUGUCUUCACCAGCGCAGCCGUAGUGCUGGACAAGCUCAUCACCAUCUACAAGAAACCUAUCAGUGCCAUCCCUGCACGUUCUUUGGAGCUUUUCUUUGCUAGUAGCCAGAACAGCAAAUUCCUGUAUGGCGAGCCACCCACGUCGCCGCGUGCCAGCCGCAAGUUCUCCUCCCCUCCUCCUCUCUCCAUCACCAAGACGUCCUCGCCCAACCGCCGUCGCAAGCUUUCACUCAACAUCCCCAUCAUCACAGGGGGCAAAGCCCUGGACUUGGCUGCACUCAGCUGUUCCCCUAAUGGCUAUGCAAGCAUGCAUUCCACUAUGUCACCCUUCAGUAAGACCACCCUUGACAUCAACAAGCUCUAUGUGUCCAGCACCAUGGCCAGCAAAAUCUCAGACGAGGGAGAACCCAAAGCCGAAGGCAAAGCUGAGGAGUCUGUCCUCAACAAGCAAGAUCUGUCGGUUAGAGAGGAAUGUGAUGAAGACCCAAGUCAGAGUGAUGAGGCAGAAGCAGAAAUGUCUCCUCCCAAGUCACCAUCAACACCCAAGAAUGUCAAGUCAAAAAACUCUGAGUUUUCACUGUUUUCCUUCAACAAUGGCAUGGUGGUGUCAUCUUGCCGGGAGCUGGAUAAUAACCGCAGUGCCCUUUCUGCCGCCUCGGCCUUCGCCAUUGCCACCGCUGGUGCCAAUGAGGGCACGCCAACCAAGGAAAAGUACCGUCGUAUGUCCCUUGCCAGCACAGGCUUUCCCACAGACCAGAGGAAUGGGGACAAAGAAUUUGUUAUCAGAAGGGCUGCCACAAACAGAGUCCUGAAUGUGCUGCGUCACUGGGUUUCCAAACACUCCCAGGACUUUGAGCUGAAUACAGACCUGAAGAUGCGGGUAAUUGGCUUCCUGGAGGAGGUGAUGCAUGACCCGGAACUCCUGACACAGGAAAGGAAGGCAGCUGCCAACAUUAUUAGGACUCUGACCCAGGAGGACCCUGGAGACAACCAGGUCACUCUGGAAGAAAUCAUACAGACGGCGAUGGACGAUUGUAAGACCGAACCAUUUGAGAGCCACUCUGCCCUCGAGAUAGCUGAGCAACUCACACUGCUGGACCACCUGGUCUUCAAGGUCAUUCCGUACGAGGAGUUCUUUGGUCAAGGCUGGAUGAAGACUGAAAAGAAUGAGAGAACUCCAUACAUUAUGAAAACAACCAAGCACUUCAACGAUAUCAGUAACAGGAUCGCCACAGAGAUCCUGCAAUGGGAUGAUGUCAACAUGCGAGUAGGUGUGAUAGAGAAAUGGGUAGCAGUGGCUGACAUCUGCCGGUGUCUCCACAACUACAACGCUGUGCUAGAGAUCACAUCUUCUCUCAAUCGCAGCUCCGUCUUCCGUCUCAAGAAGACGUGGCUCAAAGUCUCUAAACAGACUAAGACUGUAAUUGACAAGUUACAGAAGUUGGUGUCAUCAGAGGGACGAUUCAAAAACCUGAGAGAAGCUCUGAAGAACUGUGACCCUCCCUGCGUACCCUACCUGGGUAUGUACCUGACUGACCUGGCCUUCAUUGAGGAGGGAACACCCAACUACACCGAGGACAACCUGGUCAACUUCUCCAAGAUGAGAAUGAUUUCUCACAUUAUCAGAGAGAUACGGCAGUUUCAGCAAACUGCAUACAAGAUUGAUUAUCAACCAAAGGUAGCAAAGUACCUGCUGGAUUGCAGUAACGCGCUGGACGAGGAGAGCCUGUAUGGCGCAUCUCUGAGAAUCGAGCCCAAAACUUCAUCAUGA